UGCGCGGCGCAGCGCCGUCCACGCCUCCGCGAGCCAGCGGCCGUGAGGCCGCUGUGGCUGCAGCGGCGCUAACCCGCCCGGCUGCAGUGGCUUUGAACUGCGGCGGGAGGUGGCCGGAGUGAUGGCAAGUCUGGGACGCCUGCUGUGCGUGGUGGGCCUGGUUCUCUGCGGGGCAGCGAACUUGGGGCUGUGCAGACCCCACACACCCACCCCCAAGAAUCCUAUCAUCGGAAUAUUAAUGCAAAAAUGCCGUAAUAAGGAAAUGAAAAACUUUGGAAGAUAUUAUAUUGCUGCAUCCUAUGUGAAGUAUCUAGAGUCUGCAGGUGCAAGAGUUGUACCAAUAAGGCUUGAUCUUACACGUACAGAAUAUGAAAAACUUUUCAAAUCUAUCAAUGGAAUCCUUUUUCCUGGAGGAAGUGUUAACCUCAAGCGUUCAGGUUAUGCUCAAGUAGCCAAAAUAUUUUACGACUUGGCCAUACAGAGUUAUGAUGAUGGAGACUAUUUUCCUGUGUGGGGCACAUGCCUUGGAUUUGAGGAGCUUACCUAUCUGGUUAGUGAGGAGUGCUUAUUGACUCUCACAAAAAACACUGUUGCAGUGACAUUACCGCUGAACUUCACUGGAGGUACAUUGCAGAGCAGAAUGUUCCAGAAUUUUCCUGCUGACUUGUUGCUGUCACUAGCAGUAGAACCCCUGACUGCAAAUUUCCACAAAUGGAGCCUUUCUGUAAAGAAUUUUACGAAGAAUGAAAAGUUAAGCAAGUUUUUCAGUGUGUUAACUACAAAUAGAGAUGACAAGAUUGAGUUCAUCUCGUCAAUGGAAGGAUAUAAGUAUCCAGUAUAUGGUGUCCAGUGGCAUCCAGAGAAAGCACCUUAUGAGUGGGAGAAAUUAAAAGGCAUUUCCCAUGCGCCUAAUGCUGUGAAGACUGCAUUUUAUUUAGCAGAGUUUUUUGUUUCUGAAGCUCGAAAAAAUGAUCAUCACUUUGAAUCUCAAUCCGAAGAGGAGAAAGCCCUGAUUUAUCAGUUCCGCCCAAUUUAUACUGGAAAUUUUUCUUCAUUUCAGCAAUGUUAUAUGUUUGAUUGAAAAAUCUUUGAUGUGUUAACAAAACACUUUGAAUAAUUUUGUAAUUAAACUGUUACAAUAACUUGUUACUAAUGGUAAUAUUAGAAAGCCACAGAGAUUCCCUUUCUAUGUGAUUAGCUCUGAUUCUUAAUUCAAUAUAUUAUUUUUAAAUCACAUUUAAUAAUUCAGCAGAAACAGAUAAUCAGCGUUUUUCAUGGUAAACAUUUCUGAAAAUAGAAAAAAAUGUAUUGAGAAUUCAAAUUUUUUUUUCUCAUUUACUGAUUUUAGAAAUAAAUACCACCCCUAAUCCACUCAUCCCAUUUUGUUGGGAGAUUCUUCAUUUUUUAUGAUUAUUAUUAUAAUUUUUUGUGGUGCUAGGGAUCAACUUCAGGGUCUUGUACAAGCUGCCAUUGAGCUGCAUUCCAGCUUUAAGGAUUUAAAUCCUACCUCUAUUCCGUGGGGUGCCUCCCUCCUUUGGGCUCGAGAGUAUGUUGUAUGUUGUUGGGUGUGUGGUAUGUGUGUAGAAAAACAUAGAUAUCUCCUUUUCUCUUCCAUUUUAGCAUCAGAGUUAGAAGGCACAUCUUGCACUUUUAUCUUCUACUAUGUCUGGUAUACAAGGCCCUCGAUGAAUGUCUGUGACUACUUGUAUUUUCCAUGCCCAUAGAAAAUAAUUAAAAAACUGUCAUACAUUUAUUUCAGUGCAUUUGAUAUAUUUCUCAAUCUGUGCUACACUCUUUCAUUCCUUAUUAUCCCAUACAGAUCCUCAAAAGUCUGAAAUUUAGGAAUUCCUUAAGGACAAGCAAGCAUUUAGAAAAAAAGAGAGGAAGCCAGGCAUGGUGGCACAUGUCUGUAAUCCCAGCAGCUUGGGAGGCAGAGGCAGAGGCAGGAGAAUUGCGAGUUCAAAGCUAUCCU